AUGGAGGAGGCAUCCAUAAUAGUGGCCAGCCCGUGGAUUACGUGCUUCUGUGUCGUCAAGUUUGAUCUGGAAUACGGACACACUCUCGAGGAAUGUCAACCAGAGGUGUCUUUGCCACCAGAAGAGCAGAAGAACAUAGCCUUCCUUUCGUUCCCGGACUGCAACGUCAACACCAGCUCGGACUCCCUGUUCACCUUCCGCACACGCAAGGGCGACCGACGACUCAACCAGUUUCAUCACGGUACGUCUCCCUCCGCCGCAGCUUGA